AUGGCGCCAGCACAACAGGCCGGCUCCAAGCAAGAGCUCAGUAUCAAGGAUGCCAUGUUCCUCCUCGAGCUCAUGCGUGAUUCUCCUCAGGCCAUCCUCUUCUACAUCAGCCCUUACUGCCAAAAGACAGGGGCAAAGCCGAACACGGUGGCGAAGAGACUCAGUGAGAUCAAGAAGCGUAAUGGUCUGAAUAUCGUUACUACUACAAACCCAUCAACCGGUAAUAAUGGUUAUGCCGUUCCCAAGGCUGCAUCUACCGCGAAGUGUGGGAGUGGCGAUGACGAAAGCGACGCAAAACCAAAGGCCAAACGUGAACGAGCACCAAAGGCCGCUGGGAAGCCAUUUGCCCCGGAACUCCCUAGCGCAAACUGGGUAAAGGUGGAAGCGAGCGAUUCCCAAGGCCUGGGCGCUGCCUACAGUCUUCCUUCUCCAGCGGAUUCGACUGCCGGAGCAACGCCUCUCGGCACCGCCGCCGUGGGAGGGAUCAACGGCUGGAGCAUGGCGCAAAUUCCCUUCUACAUGUCUCAGAAGAAGCGAAGCCUGGACGACUGGGACGAGCGCGAGCACCAUAGCAACAAGAAGAUAAAGAAUGAGAGUUAG